ACACAGUUCUCAGAUAAAACACUACACUCUCUGUUACAACUUUCUCAAAACAGCUUCCUAUAAUUUCUCUACAAAUGGCAUCUUCUCUCGCUCUUAAGAGACUUAUUUCUUCUUCCAUCGUUCCACGUUCCCGUAGCGUUCUUAAUCCAGCUGUUUCCUCUCGCCUCUUCAACACCAACGCCGUGAGGAGCUACGACGACGAUGGCGAGAAUGGACAAGGCGUUGAUUUCGAUCGCCGCUCUGUUCCUCGCCGCCGUGGUGAUUUCUUCUCAGAUGUGUUUGAUCCGUUCUCGCCCACGAGGAGCGUUAGUCAAGUGCUGAAUCUGAUGGACCAGUUCAUGGAAAAUCCUCUGUUAUCAGCUACUCGUGGCAUGGGAGCUUCAGGAGCUCGUCGUGGUUGGGAUAUAAAAGAGAAAGACGAUGCUCUGUACCUGAGAAUCGACAUGCCUGGGCUGAGCAGAGAGGAUGUGAAGCUGGCAUUGGAGCAGGACACUCUGGUGAUUAGAGGAGAAGGGAAAUACGAGGACGAUGGUGGCGAGGAAGGAGAGAGCGGUAAUCGGAAAUUCACUAGCAGGAUUGGAUUGCCUGAGAAGAUUUACAAGGUCGAUGAGAUUAAGGCGGAGAUGAAGAACGGAGUGUUGAAAGUUGUGAUUCCGAAGAUGAAAGAGCAAGAGACAAAUGAUGUGCGCCAGAUCGAGAUCAACUGAAGCGUCAUCGCUUGUUAUGUUCUUGUUUUUGCUUUGUUGAUAGGUCUUUGAAUAAUAAGUGUGUAGUGGUACGGUCGAUGUUGAGUCAUGGUCUCUAAGACUAAAGUUGAAGGAAUGUC